GUUAUAUCAUCUCCUAUUACGGCCCUAUUCAUAGAACAUAUUAAAAUUACCAGCCCCCCUAGCCAAGUGGCAUACGAUUUAUAGCGUUUCUCUUUCUACAAACGUUGACGCCUUAUCGAAUACGAUAAACGACAGGUAGCCAAGUGGAUUAGAACUUGGCGAACGCUUAUUCUAUUGGAUCGUACGCUAAUGUCUAUGGCUUCGAAUUCUAACGUCAGUCAGCGUACGUCAAACUGUCAACUGUCAUUCAGUUUGACAUUAGUAAUGUUGAAAAAUAUUCUUGAAAUAUUCAAAUUAAACUGCCGAAUUCCGAAAACGGAAAAAGUAAAAAGUCAAAAAAUUUUUGAAGUGAACUAAAAAAUACAGGUUGUGCUUUAAAUUAUAAAAAUACAAAUAGAGGUAAGUUAAUUUUGCAUUUGCAAUGAGGCAUAAAAAGAUAUAAUGUCUUCAAGGUUUAAAUUUAAUUUAUUUAUGUGUACUUAUUUUUCUAGUUUAGAAAUGGAGAGACUGCGCGCCAGUCAGGAGCAAUUUUCUGCUCUUAUAGAAUUCAUGGAAAGGUACUAUUAAAAAAAUACAGUUUUGAUUCCAAACUUGCUUCAAUAUUUUUAUAAUAAACAAUGAAAUCAUUAAUACCAAGUGCUUCAUUGGUGUGUGUUACCCAUAGGUAUGGUGACCUCUCGCGACCACAGCGGGGACCUCAGGGUCGACUAAAAGCCGACCAAAUGUGGGCAAGGCUCACAUUAUUACUUAAUUCAGUUGGUGGUGGGGUUCACAAAUCACAAGAGAAGUGGAAGAAAGUAAGUUUGAACUUGCAUCUUGUUAACCUAGCUGUAUAUUUCAAACUCUCAAUUGUUUUGCUAUUAACUUGCAUCUUGUUAACCUAAGUGUACAUUGCAAACUCUCAAUUGUUUUGCUAUUCACUUGCAUCUUGUUAACCUAAGUGUAUAUUGCAAACUCUCAAUUGUUUUGCUAUUUACUUGCAUCUUGUUAACCUAAGUGUAUAUUGCAAACUCUCAAUUGUUUUGCUAUUAACUUGCAUGUUGUUAACCUAAGUGUAUAUUGCAAACUCUCAAUUGUUUUGCUAUUUACUUGCAUCUUGUUAACAUAGCUGUAUAUUUUAAUAUAUUCAUUUAUUUUGCUAUUGCCCUUUUCAUGCACCGCUUUAACUCACAACAUGUAAACCUAAAGGUCUGGGCAGAUUGGAAGACUAAAACAAAAAAAAAAGAAAAUGUUGAUUUCCAACCACACAAAUGGUACUGGUGGUGGUCCAAGCAGCAGGCUGUCUCUAACAGUUUUGGAAGACCGAGUCUGUGCCAUACUGGGAGAGACUGCUGUUCUUGGUCAAGCUGGCAUACAAGAGCAUGGCUUUAAUGCGCCACCAGUACCAAGGGAAGAACCCAUUCCUGAAGAUGUGGAAAUUGAAAUUCCUGUAGGCUUAGAGAAUUUUAAUUAUAAUACAAGUGUUCCAACAUUGCCAGCAUCACCGCUACUGCUAGACCCACAGCCCUCACCACCACCACCACCAGUACGUCCGCCGCCCCCUCUACCGCGUUCUCCUCCGCGUCCCACUGGUCGACGGUCAUCGGCGUCACCGCGAUCUGCGACUGCCUCGCCGCGACAUGGGAUGCAGAGAGCUCGCAGGAAUCGCGGCUUAACGCCAUUUGACCGGGCCGCUACAGAAUUUGUGGCGGUUGAACAACGACGCCUUGCACUGGAGGAGACGCGAGAGAAGCUUUCCCAUGAGCGAGAAAGGGAAAGGGAAAAGCUUCUCCAUGAACGUGAGAGGGAGCGUGAGGAACUUUUCCACCAAAGAGAAAUGAAGCGACUGCGGCUGGAGUCGCUAAAGGUUGAGGCAAAUCGCGAGCAAACUAGGGUGAUGCAGCAAAUAGCUGUUAUCGGGCAAAGGUUGCUCGAGAUAUUGCCUCAAGGGCCCGCAUCUUAAUUUUUUUUUUCAUAGAGUUUUAAGUGUAUUAUUUAGUGCCUUUCUUUUUAUUUUUUUUAAGUGCUUGUUUUAGAUUUUAAUA